AUGGCUACUCCUCUCUUUUUCCCUACCACUCUUUCCUCUCAUGCCACAUCUCUCUUUCUCAUCCUCCAUCUUUGUCUCUAUGUCUGUCUCUCCCCAGCUGAUAUCAUCUCCACUGUUGAAUUCAACCACACUGGAGAGCUCCUGGCCACAGGGGACAAGGGAGGCAGAGUGGUCAUCUUUCAGAGAGAACCUGAGAGUAAGAGUGAGCCAUUCUCCCAGGGCGAGUACAAUGUCUACAGCACCUUCCAGAGCCAUGAGCCCGAGUUCGACUACCUUAAGAGUCUGGAGAUCGAGGAGAAGAUCAAUAAGAUCCGAUGGCUGCCUCAGCAGAAUGCCGCACAGUUCCUUCUCUCCACCAAUGAUAAGACCAUUAAGUUGUGGAAGGUGAGUGAAAGAGACAAACGGCCGGAGGGAUACAACCUGAAGGAUGAGGAGGGUCGCAUCAAGGACAUCUCCACCGUCACCUCCCUACAGGUGCCGGUGUUGAUGCCGAUGGACCUGAUGGUGGAGGUGAGUCCGCGGCGAGUGUUUGCCAACGCCCACACUUACCACGUCAACUCCAUCUCCGUCAACUCUGACUAUAUGACCUACAUGUCAGCUGAUGAUCUGAGGAUCAACCUUUGGCAUCUGGAUAUCACCGACCGCAGCUUCAACAUUGUGGACAUCAAGCCAGUCAACAUGGAGGAUCUGACAGAGGUGAUCACAGCGGCUGAGUUUCACCCCCACCACUGUAACUUGUUUGUCUAUAGCAGCAGCAAAGGCACCCUGCGCCUCUGUGACAUGAGAGAAGCAGCGCUGUGCGACAAACACUCCAAAUUGUUCGAGGAGCCCGAGGACCCCAGCGCCCGCUCCUUCUUCUCUGAGAUCAUCUCCUCUGUCUCGGACGUCAAGUUCAGCCACAGCGGUCGCUACCUGCUUACCAGAGACUACCUGACUGCCAAAGUCUGGGACCUCAACAUGGAGAGCAAGCCCCUGGAGACAUACCAGGUUCACGAUUACCUUCGCAGCAAGUUGUGUUCCCUUUACGAAAACGACUGCAUCUUUGACAAGUUUGAGUGUGCCUGGAACGGCUCGGACAGUGUGAUCAUGACCGGAGCUUACAACAACUUCUUCCGCAUGUUCGACCGGAACACCAAACGCGACGUGACCCUGGAGGCGUCGAGGGAGAGCAGCAAACCCAGGGCUGUCCUGAAGCCACGGAGGGUUUGUGCUGCUGGGGGAAAGCGCCGAAAGGACGACAUCAGCGUGGACAGCCUGGACUUCACCAAGAAGAUCCUCCACACUGCCUGGCACCCGAAUGAGAACAUCAUCGCCAUCGCCGCCACCAACAACCUGUACAUCUUCCAGGACAAACUCAACUCUGAGAUGCAUUAAUAAAGGGAUGUCAACAGUGAAACAAGUUUACACCUGAACACAUAGCUAUGCCAGAAUGUACACAUUUACGGACACACACAUACACACAUACACACACACCUCUAGUUCUACUCUUUGACACACUCCCUCACCUCCUCCCCCCCAGCCUCCCAGAACUGAAAGGACCUGGAAAGGGCUAGAAAAGGGAACAGGCUGGAUUACGCAGUGGAUUAUGGAUUGCAAAAUUGUCCGAACUGUGGAUUUCCUGAUUGUUAAACUCUGGAUUUGGCUUGAUGGUGUGUUGAUUGCUACAGCUCAGCUUCUGAGUGGGUUAACCCCCCCCCCCAGACAGGAGAGAUGUUUACAUAAUUGUCAUUUAUUUUUAUUUUUUUGUUGUUCAGGCUCUUUUGCUUUCUCCACCACCUCCUCCACCUCCUCUCCUUUAUGUAUUUGUGUGCUCGAGCAAAGCCUAUUCUUAUCCCUUGCCCACUGUUUUGUGUAACGAAAACCCUUCGUGGUUGUCAACCAGCGGCACUGACCGAAAAUGGGGCGUUUAUGUAAGUUAUUGUUUGUUUGAUUUCAGAUCAGCUACAGCAUCUUCUGUUUUUUUUUUUGUAACUUCUUGUUAAAUGAUGUUAAUGAUGGUGAUUAUGAUGAGAAUGACUAUUUAAAAUGAUAUGUGUGAUGUGCAAGAAUGAAUUCAGGACCCUCCCCUUAAUCCAAGUGCACCCAGACGCCUCUGAGCUCCACUGGACCGUGUUCAGUGAGGUAAAACAUGUACAGUCCUGCAGAUAGAAGCAGAAGUUCCACCAUGGCCUAAUAUGAGGACACACACUCAUACCUGCUCCACACAGUGUGUUUCAGUCAUUAAUGUACUCUCUGGUUCUGCUUCUGGUCUAGGGCUACGUCGUGUGCUACUUUGCCGUUAAAUACAACUCAAAUGAAGCAACAACAACAAAAAACAAUUAAAAAAUGAACUAAAUAAUUUCAACAAUCGAGCAAAAAGAUGCUGCAUGUAAAACCAAUUUAGCCUAUAGGUGUUUCUAAAUUGACUGACUGACUUGGCUGCCUUCUUAACCAUUUAGACUCAGCUGUACAAAGGCUUCAAGGGCCCCGGGGCCCCAUGCAGCACGAGUAACCAUAGAUGACCGAGCUCUCCCACCUUUUCUUUGUGUCUGUGGACACGUGAGCAUGUUUACCAAUGUUCGGUUCAUACACUUACAUGUACAUUGUGAAUGAAGCCGUCCAAGAAUCAGUUUCUACUCGAUUGAAACUGCGAACCAAGAAUAUUGGGGAAUGUUUUCAUUAACGUUGUUCUCUAAAAGAAAAAAAAGAUCUAAGGGCCUAAAUAGUGUCUGUAUAUAUCGACUCUGUUUUUAGACAUGUAUGAGGUUUUGUUUUUUUAACAUUCUUAAACAGACUGGACUUGAUCAUCUGUAUCGACGAUUGCCUCCAAAUAUACAGCAGAGAGAUGGUAUCUAAAUCUCCCCAGCCUUCCACACUGAUUACUGGUGUGCAGAAGCUUAUUUUUAGAGAACAGUUUAUUUUAUUUAUUCUUUUUUUGUGUCAAUUUCACUCCAACAGGU